CUGAGAGGACCAAUCACAUUGAUCUGUAAUCCUUCUUAAUGUUCACUGACUCUAUCGCUGUGGCCCCAGGCUCUCAAAUUAAACCAGCACUGAAAACGCUCAAUUGCGAGUCUUCUCUACAUUAUGAAAUUAUAGAAUUUCAAUAUCCUGUUGUAGAAUAAUGAUACAAAUGAUUUGAUUCUCAUUGCAAGAUUGUGCAUGUUUAUAAGAUGUAAUAAACUGUUUAUGUUUUUAUAGUUACUUAAUAGGAACUUUGUAGGAACCACAUUGAUGCAUUCGUUAUUACAUUUAUGUGACAGAAUGUUGACAUGAUUAGGAAAUAUAUCUAUGUCAGACGUUUUAUACUUUUACAAUGACUUUAACAUUGAAAUGUAUGGAAUAUUUUGUAUAUUUGUAAACUCUUUAAUUACAGCAUUUCACAGUUACUUACUGCACAAUUAUUCAUUAUUUUCUCAAAUAUACAUUGUGCCUUUUUCAACUCAAAGAAUUUCUGUAACAUGCAACCAUCACCUUGUGUAAAGCCUGUUAAAGAGACAGCAGGAGAGAAAAGAAACAUUUUGUGGCACAAACAGAAUGUGUGUUUGUUCUAUGGCGUCAGAUUGUGAAUCAGGACUGGACAGGAGCUUGUUAACAAAGGGAUUUAGAUAGAGACAGGAAAGAAUUAGCGGGGUUGGGGUGGAAAGGGGAACCAAAACAGGAAAGCAAACUGAAUCAAGGCUUGAGGGCCUCUUCCUGCACACUGGGGACAGUCUGUCUUUUGUCCCAGCCAGUCAACAGAAGCAGGGGCAUAGCACAACCCCAGUGGAUUUACAGCAGAAUAAUAUAUUUUCAGAAUAUCUUCUAAAUGUAAUAUGAUAGAAAGAAAAAUGUAUGUUUCUAUGAUAAAGAAAGCUGACAGCGAGAAGUUAACAAUACAGUGGUCUGAGCCGUGGCUUAUUGGACUUCUGGGGUUCCAUGCUGUCUGUCUCCUUGCAACUCUCCUGACACGUAGAUUCUACAGAGUGCAAAUAUGCCAGUUCCUGGUUAUGGUAUGCAUGGUGUACAGCGCCGAAUAUCUGAACGAGGUGGCAGCCAUGAACUGGAGGUCAUUUUCCAAGUUCCAGUACUUUGACUCAAAUGGGAUGUUCAUAUCUUUGGUCUACUCCAUUCCCCUUCUGCUCAACACAAUCAUCAUUGUUGCGUCGUGGGUGUACAGGACUUUCUCCACCAUGAUAGAGCUGAAGACCCUGCAACUGAAGAGAAAGGCCCGUAGAGAGCAGAACAAGAAGACUGACUAAUCACUUUCCUCUGGGACCUCCAUUGAGAUCAGUGGGGUGCUGAUGCUGGGAAUCACCUCAACUGGAUCCAUGUUAACUUGGCUAACAUGGUGCCACAUCAGCAUCACAUGGCAAACAUCUGCAUCACAACAUGGUUGGUUCCAGUGCUUCAACUGCCUAAACUUUUUGAAAGGUAGAUCUGUACUGUGUUUGUAUUAACUACAGUAUGAGAAGAGUGGAGGGGGUGAUCACUAUUGUCUUCCAUCUUUUCAAUGGGUAAAUCUCACAACUGCGUUGCUUAUAUACUUGCCCAAGUUGACUUCCCUCUGCAAAUCAGAACAGACUGGAUGGCUGAAGAAGUAUGGUUGUAGUAAAGUUGCCUUUUUUCAUUAAGUGAAUAUCGUUUGAUGGAAUACAGUGUACAUAUAAAACAUUUAUUAAGGGGACCAAAUAUGUUAUCAAACAUUUAUAACAUUUUUUUCUUCAUAUUAUGUGAUGAGAAGGUAGCCUACUUGUUUUGCACAACAAUGUAAUGCUCAUGGCAAAUAUUGUUGUUAUUUUGCAUGUAGUGAUAAUGGUUAUGGAAAAUAAAAUGUUGUAUUGAG